GGGCCUGGCCCACCCCACCGGGGAGGAAAAGGAAGGGAAGGGGGAGCAAGUCUGCGCUGUUGCCCUUUUAAGCGAGCGAGUGCUAGAGGCUGGUACAAAGGGAGCUGCCGCCGUGCUCGCCGUCCCCCCGCCGGCUGGGGCUGCCCCGGCCCUCCCGCCAUCUUUCGCCCCGCAGGCGCGGCCGGGGCCAGGGUCGGGCCGGGCUGAGGCGGAGGGAGGCGGCGGCAGAGCGGGCGAGGCGGCGCAGGCCCGGGCCCGGAGAUGAGGCCAGGAUGUCGGUGUCAGGGCUCAAGGCCGAGCUGAAGUUCCUCGAGUCCAUCUUCGACAAGGACCACGAGCGCUUCCGCAUCGUCUCCUGGAAGCUGGACGAGCUCCACUGCCAGUUCGUGCUCCUGCCGCCGCCGCCGGGCUCUAGCCCGCAGCCGCCGCCGCCGCUCACCAUCCACUGCAACAUCACGGAGUCUUACCCCUCUUCAUCACCAAUAUGGUUUGUAGAAUCAGAUGACCCAAACCUGACUUCAGUCUUAGAGCGUUUAGAAGAUAUUAAGAAGAGCAAUACUCUGCUUCUUCAACAGCUGAAGCGAUUAAUAUGUGACCUCUGCAGAUUAUAUAAUCUUCCUCAGCAUCCAGACGUUGAAAUGUUAGAUCAGCCAUUACCAGCUGGACAGAAUGGAACAACGGAAGAAGUUACAUCAGAGGAAGAGGAAGAAGAAGAUAUGGGUGAAAUCUCAGCUGUGAGGUGCUUGGAUACAGAGAAUUGGACAUCUAUCUGUGCUUUAGUCAAACAGUACAUAACAUUGUGUGCCAAAUCAGACAUUGAAGAUUUGGAUCACUAUGAUAUGAAGGAGGAGGAACCAGUUGAUGGGAAGAAAUCUGAGGAUGAAGGCAUUGAAAAAGAAAACCUUGCAAUCUUAGAAAAAAUCAGAAAAAAUCAAAGGCAAGAUCACUUAAAUGGUGCAGUCUCUGGGUCAGUUCAGGCUUCAGAUCGACUUAUGAAAGAACUCAGGGAUAUAUAUAGAUCACAGAGUUAUAAAACAGGGAUAUAUUCAGUGGAACUGGUAAAUGACAGCUUGUAUGAAUGGCACGUUAAGCUUCUGAAGGUUGAUCCUGAUAGCCCACUGCAUAGUGAUCUUCAAGUCUUAAAAGAAAAAGAAGGUGUAGAAUACAUUUUACUCAACUUCUCUUUUAAGGAUAAUUUCCCUUUCGAUCCUCCCUUUGUGCGAGUGGUAUCUCCUGUGCUCACAGGAGGGUAUGUCCUAGGUGGAGGUGCAUUAUGCAUGGAACUUCUUACUAAACAGGGCUGGAGCAGUGCCUAUUCAAUAGAAUCAGUCAUCAUGCAGAUCAAUGCCACUUUAGUCAAAGGAAAAGCCAGAGUACAGUUUGGAGCCAAUAAGAAUCAAUAUAAUCUAGCAAGAGCACAGCAGUCCUAUAAGUCACUAGUACAAAUACAUGAGAAAAAUGGCUGGUACACUCCUCCAAAAGAAGAUGGCUAACAUUGAGGACUGAUGUAUUCCUGGACCAAUGUCAACAAAACAAGCUCUUUUUUAUGUUUUCCAACACACAGACUCAAGCUAUGAGUGCCCCCAUAACAGCUGUACUGAAGACUUUAGCUAUUAGAUAAGUUAGUGGAUAAUCUGUCAACUGACACUUAAACUAUAAGUUACAGCCUUACCAUUCCGCUCUCCGUAGGUAUCUGGACUGAGCAGUUUGGGCCUUUUCCCUAUUUGUUCUUAUGGAUUAAGCAUAUUUGGGCCAUGCCCUCCCUUCUCCUUUUGUUUUUUAUUUUGAAAGCAUAAGCUCCCUACAGCAGGCUAUCGACUUACUAAAGGCCAUUCAAUAGGAGUGAGUUGUUCAAACACUUUUGUGUAUUUCUUACCUUUUGCAAAAUGCAGACUGCAGAGACUUGCGUUGUAUCGUUUCAUUUAAAGCCAAGAAGUUUAAUACGUUGUUUAAUACUGUUUUAGGACAUGUCAGGUCUUGCAAAUCACGGUAGGUUUUUUCUGGUUAAAAAUGACAGCAAUUGUAGUAUUUCCAAAUUAAUGAUAUAGGAAAACAACAUGUAUGUUAAACAUUAAACAUUUUUCAUGGCUGUAUGAGAAUAUGAACUGUUUCUUGGAAAAGAUACUCUUUGUUUAGGUUAUGUUAAUUUUUUGUUUUGGUUUGGGGUUUUUUUUGGUGGUUUUGUUUUGUUUGAAGCAGAGCAAGGCUGUGCCAAUAAAACCUUGUAACUAGUCACUUCCACUGGGGCAUCAGAACUUGCUGGGCUGUUCCUGCUACUUGUUGGCUCAACCUCCUUAACAAGAGCCACAGUAUGAAGCUUGAAGUUAUUUAAAAUACUAAAAACCUUUUUAGGUGUUCCAUUUUAUUAACGGGUUGUUGCAAUCAUUUGUAAACUAAUGAACUUAUAAAGUGAUUGGCACAAAUCGAGAUGAAAGUCCUCGAAUGAGAAUUUUUAUAUAAAAGCUACAAUAAAGUACAAGAACACGUCAUCUGAUUCAGAGGUUUCAGAAACGUUGCCAUAGUCAUGACGGUGGUUUUGUUAUUGGAAGACUAAUGGGAACUGUUCUUUCUUUAUUAGGAAAUGAAUCUGGGUCUGUGUAAUUACACUAUAUUUCAUUGCCUUACCUAAAUCGAUUCUAUUUUGGUUUUAGUACUAGUCAUUAGGCCUUUGCACCCCUCUGGGGCUGAGCUAAGGGUGUGUAUCAUGGAUUAAGCACUUUUUAGAAGCGCAGAAGCAUGUUUUUGUUAUGUUGGGGUUUUUUUUGACUAUCAAAUUUGUGCUCUUUUCCUCUGUCAGGCACCCACUGGUCUUUUUGUGCAUUUGCUUCUAGAUCCAGUUUUUAGCUUGAAAGAAACGACUGGAGAGGUUUGGCAGUACUUCCCAUACGUAUUGUUUCAAAGGUGCGGUGGGUGCCACCUCCCCGCCUUUCUGCUUGCGUAGUUGUACCAGUCUGUGUAGCAGGCGCGGUACCCCGGCGCCGCGGGCCCAGCGGUGGCUGCGGCUGGCUGCCCCGCGCCGCAGCGCUGCCGCCCGCCCCGCACCCGCGGCGCAUGCUUGGCUUUGGGUCCCAUUUCUCAUUGCGGAGUUCCUUGGCAAUGUACAGUACUUUGUAAACUUGCAUCAAGUUUAUGAAUAAAAACCAUUUUAAGAA